CGCCCAUAGUUGGUUUGUCGAUCCGAUUUAGGAUUUGCCUUUGGCUUUGCCUUUGCUGGGACUUUGCUUCAUCAUCAUCAAUUUACUUGGCAGAUUUAUCCAGAAGAUUGGAUACCCCCUGAACUGCAUUCUCUCAUUUCUUGUGCAUCUUGUCACAUGAUCAAGCGAGAUGCGUCUGAGCUGGGAAUGGAAAGCUUGGAUAGUCAUCAUCUUCUCCAUCUACCUGUGGUCUUUACCAGUUGAUGCAGGCAGUCCGCCUAAAAAGGCAGCCAAGAAGUCCAAAAAUGGAACGCCAGAAGUCAAGCUCUCUGAUAGGACCAUAAUGGAGAGAGGACUGGUCCAAGAAAACCCCAAAACAAAAGAUAUCCACAAGGAGCAUGCCAACUACUGCAACACCAAGGCAGAGGAAAGACAAUUCCCAGGAGAGGUGCUUGGCUAUGUUACCCCUUGGAACUCUCAUGGGUAUGACAUUGCUAAAUGGUUUGGAGGAAAGUUCACUGCAAUCUCUCCAGUCUGGCUACAGGUAAAGCGGAUAGCAUCCAGGGAGUUUACUAUCAAUGGUGCCCAUGAUAUAGAUAAAGGCUGGGUAAAAGAGGUCAAGAAAGGAAAACGUCAGGUUGGCCUUGCUCCAAGACUUUUGUUUGAUGGUUGGACCAUGAGGGACUACGAUGCAGUCUUCAAGAGUGAAGCAGAAAUUAAAAGCUUGGCAGAUACAAUAGUCAAAUUCUACCAGAAACAAAAAUUUGACGGUGUUGUCCUAGAAGUAUGGAGUCAGGUUCGUUCCAUGAAUAAAGACGAUCUCCUUCACAUGGUUGUUGAUAUAGCAGAUGCAGUCCACAAUGCAGGAAUGACUUUCUAUCUGGUUAUACCUCCACCUUCGCUUGGCGAGCAGCAAUCUCUUUUUACAAAGGAUAACUUUGAUAUGUUGGCGCCUGUGGUAGAUGGAUUUAGCCUCAUGACAUAUGACUUCUCCAAUGUACAAAGACCUGGUCCUAAUUCUCCUAUUGAAUGGGUGAGACUGUGCGUAGAGGCUCUGGUCCCAGAUCCAGGACCUAAUCGUGCUAAGGUCCUUCUUGGUCUGAAUUUCUAUGGUUAUGACUUUGGUCCACAAGCAGCUGAUGCUAUCACAGGCUCAAGGUAUUUAGAAUUACUCAAGAAAAACAAAUUAAAAUGGGACUCAAAUUCAGCAGAACACUACUUUGAAUACAAAGAUGGAUCUAUUUCUCGACGUGUAUUUUAUCCAACUCUUCAGUCAAUAUCAAUGCGAAUAGAUUUAGCUCGGGAGCUUGGCACUGGAAUAUCAAUAUGGGAACUUGGACAGGGUUUGGAUUACUUCUAUGAUUUAUUAUGAUAAAUUGAUUAUGUAUAUAUUAGGUAUUUGAAAUUGACUUUUAGUUGUUAACUUCCCAGUGCCUUAUGUGAGUAUUCAGACACAGUACCAAAUCAAUCAUGUCUAGCAUUGUAUUUAUUCAGGAUAAGUUUGUAAAAAUCAAUAUUUAAAAACCUUCAAAUUAAAAUGUUUAACAAGGAAUCCUUCAAUCUAUUUGAAUUUUAAAUUUGUAACCCAGCAAACCCAUUGAAUGUCAUUGAGAACCUUUUAUUUGAAGAAUGUGGUCGAUCUGAAGUGCUGUCUCAUAUUUCCUAUGGGGACUUGUGUGUAUUGAAGCUUUCUCUAAGAAAUUUAAACAAGUUGUAUUUGUACUAGAUAUGUUUGAAUUCCCACUUGAAAGAUUUCAACCAUGUUUUGUGCCUGCAGACUUCUAUAUUGAAGUAGACUCAACAACUUACUGCUACCUUGAGUAAUGGUAUAAAUCUUAAAUUAUUAUUUAUCAUUAUUAUUGUUGGCGUUAUUGUUAUAAGUAUUGGAUGAUAUCCGGGCAUCAAUGAAUUGUAACCCCUACUAAUAAUGUCAACCAAAGUGUAAAUUACAGGGACCACAUUUUAUUCUGUUAUUACAUUCAAACAUGGAUGGGUAUUUAAAACCAAGACUCAAACCUGUUUUUAAUUCCAUGGAACUUUCAAAUAAUACACACCGUGUAGAAGACAUAUGUCUAUACAAAAAAGAACAUGUUUUUAUAAACUCUUCAUGACUGUUUGUUUUGCAUCUAUCCAACUGUUUUGCAUACUUUUCCUGAUGUCAUGGUCAUAACAAGUUGGUUAUCAUUCCAAAGGGAAUAAAUUAAUAUUUUUUAAUAUCAAGCAUGCAUGGUUUAAUAUUGAACUGGGGUUAGUAAUUAGCUGAAAUCAGAUUUCUAUACUUUUUAAGGGAGUUCAUUUUUAAUUGGUAUGUAAUCAGAACUUAUAUUUUGGGGAAGUUGGUGUUUUUUAAUUAAAAAAAUUCACUUCAUUUCCAUUGUAUUUGAAAUUUCCCUUUUUGUUGUUGAAUGAUAAGUCAGC